AUGCCUGUCAUCUCUCGUCUCCUCUCUGUCGUCCUCCGCGUUGCGGAACUUGCCUGUGCCGCUGUCGUCGCUGGUAUCGUCGGAUACUACCUCCACAUUUGGCACGAUGACCACCUCAGGGCCUGGGACGAAGGUCGCUGGAUUUACACCGAAGUGAUAGCGGGACUGUCACUGCUACUAGGGUUACUCUGGUUGAUUCCGACUGCUCAUACAUUCUUCAUCUGGCCUAUUGAUAUCAUCAUCGCACUCUGCUGGUUCGCCGCUUUCGGUCUCGAGGUCGAUGCUCUGAACAGCAUCAACUGCGGCGGUGCUUUUGCCUGGGGCUAUAUUGGUGACAAUGACUUGUGUGGUCGCUGGAAGGCUGCUGAAGCGUUCAGCUUCUUGUCUGCUAUCAUCUGGCUUUUGUCUGGUAUUCUCGGAAUCUACUUUGUCUGGCGAGUCGACCGCAGCCGCCGCAACUACUACUAUGGACGCUCCACUGUCUAA